AUGCUAAAAGUCGAAACAAAGCAGAGACCUAGACGUGCUUCGUCUGUGGGAAACAUUGACCUGGGUGACACGGUGCCCGGCUUCGCUACCAUGCAUGAAUCGAAAGCAUCGAAAGUUGCUGCAAAGAGACGUCAUGAAAGACUAGCCACUCAGCGCAAUCUAAAAAUGACCACCAAACUCUAUUUAAAAGCUAGAGAUUACAAUUAUCAUCACAUGUGGUUCCUGCCGUUGUGCAUCCUAAUUCUUACAUAUGCUGCUUAUUUUGGAAUCUCCAAUAAGCGCGUUAAAGGCUUUCUUCAUAUGUUUGUCGCGAUAUCAUAUGAGCAAGAAUCUAAUCCUCAAUACUAUGGAAAAGGUAUAAAGGAUUUGGCGUUUGUUUUCUUCCAUAUGAUAUUUUUCACUUUUCUGCGUGAGUUCUUAAUGGAUGUUAUUAUCAGAAGAAUAACCCAAUGGCUGAACAUCACUUCAAAAUAUAAAAUAAAGAGAAUGAUGGAACAAAUGUUCUCCAUCUUUUACUAUGGUUUUUCGAGUCCAUUUGGUGUCUAUGUAAUGUACCAUUCUGAUCUGUGGUAUUUCAGAACCAAUACAAUGUACAACACUUACCCAGAUAUUCUAAUCCCAAAGCUAUUCAAGGCUUUCUAUUUGAUCCAAGCAGCAUUCUGGGCUCAACAAGCAUUUGUCUUGGUGCUACAAUUAGAGAAACCAAGAAAAGAUCACAAAGAGCUAUGCUUCCAUCACGUAGUUACACUUCUAUUGAUAUGGUCUUCUUAUGUGUUUCAUUUCCACAAGAUGGGGCUGGCAGUUUAUAUCACAAUGGAUGUAUCUGACUUUUUCUUGGCAUUAUCCAAGACCUUGAACUAUAUCGAUUCCCCAUUAACAGAAGUUGUCUUUGGUAUGUUUGUUUUGGUAUGGAUCUAUUUACGUCAUGUUAUCAAUGGCAAAAUUUUAUGGUCUGUGCUAACUGAAUUCAGAACCGAAGGCCCAUACAUUUUGAAUUUCGCUACUCAACAAUACAAAUGCUGGAUCUCACUUCCAAUUGUAUUUGUGCUAAUAUUUGCACUUCAAGUACUAAACAUCUACUGGCUGUUUUUGAUCUUUAAAGUUCUGUAUAAGAUUGUUUGGCAAGGUGUUACUGAAGAUGUCAGAAGUGAUGAAGAAACCGAUUCUGGUAGCGAUGAGCUGAAAAAAGAUUGA